AGAGUCGAAGCAGGCAAGGGUCAAAACCGGGACAACUAGCAAAAGAGAGAGAAGAAACAGCAGCAGCACGGAAAAACAAGACGAAGUGGCAACAGACAAACUGGGAAUAAAUACAGAGGGACUAAUGAGGAACACUGGUGACACCUGGAAGUGGGUGGAGACAAAGACAGGUGACACAGAUCAGGGCGUGACACCUGGAAGUGGGUGGAGACAAUCACAAAGACAGGUGACACAGAUCAGGGCGUGACACCUGGAAGUGGGUGGAGACAAUCACAAAGACAGGUGACACAGAUCAGGGCGUGACACAAUCACAAAGACCGGUGACACAGAUCAGGGCGUGAUAACUGACCUGUCCGUCCACAGGUUCGUUCUCCUGUUGUCUCCACAACUGGACGCUGGCGCUCGGAUCCCACUGGAACAGGAUGUCCAUGCACCGGAUGGCCUGAGGGAGACGCUCCUGUCAGUGUCUGGAUCUUCCUCUUCUGUCAAGGUGGAUGAGUCUGGGUCUCCCUCUUCUGUCACGGUGGAUGAGUCUGGAUCCUCCUCUUCUGUCAUGGUGGAUGAGUCUGGAUCCGCCUCUUCUGUCACGGUGGAUGAGUCUGGAUCCUCCUCUUCUGUCACAGUGGAUGAGUCUGGAUCCUCCUCUUCUGUCAUGGUGGAUGAGUCUUGAUCUCCCUCUUCUGUCAUGGUGGAUGAGUCGGGAUCUCCCUCUUCUGUCAUGGUGGAUGAGUCUGGAUCCUCCUCCUCUGUCACGGUUGAUGAGUCUGGAUCCUCCUCUUCUGUCACAGUGGAUGAGUCUGGAUCCUCCUCUUCUGUCAUGGUGGAUGAGUCUGGAUCCGCCUCUUCUGUCACGGUGGAUGAGUCUGGAUCCUCCUCUUCUGUCACAGUGGAUGAGUCUGGAUCCUCCUCUUCUGUCAUGGUGGAUGAGUCUUGAUCUCCCUCUUCUGUCAUGGUGGAUGAGUUGGGAUCUCCCUCUUCUGUCAUGGUGGAUGAGUCUGGAUCCUCCUCCUCUGUCACGGUUGAUGAGUCUGGAUCCUCCUCUUCUGUCACAGUGGAUGAGUCUGGAUCCUCCUCUUCUGUCACGGUGGAUGAGUCUGGAUCUCCCUCUUCUGUCAUGGUGGAUGAGUCUGGAUCCUCCUCUUCUGUCACGGUGGAUGAGUCUGGAUCCUCCUCUUCUGUCAAGGUGGAUGAGUCUGGAUCUCCCUCUUCUGUCACAGUGGAUGAGUCUGGAUCCUCCUCUUCUGUCAAGGUGGAUGAGUCUGGAUCCUCCUCUUCUGUCAAGGUGGAUGAGUCUGGAUCCUCCUCUUCUGUCAAGGUGGAUGAGUCUGGAUCUUCCUAUUCUGUCAUGGUGGAUGAGUCUGGAUCCUCCUCUUCUGUCACAGUGGAUGAGUCUGGAUCUUCCUCUUCUAAUAUGGUGGAUGAGUCUGGUUUCUCCUCUUCUGUCAUGGUGGAUGAGUCUGGAUCCUCCUCUUCUGUCAUGGUGGAUGAGUCUGGAUCCUCCUCUUCUGUCAAGGUGGAUGAGUCUGGGUCCUCCUCUUCUGUCAUGGUGGAUGAGUCUGGGUCCUCCUCUCUCAUGCUGGAUGAGUCUGGAUCCUCCUCUUCUGUCAAGUUGGAUGAGUCUGGAUCCUCCUCUUCUGUCAAGUUGGAUGAGUCUGGAUCCUCCUCUUCUGUCAAGGUGGAUGAGUCUGGAUCCUCCUCUUCUGUCAAGGUGGAUGAGUCUGGAUCCUCCUAUUCUGUCAUGGUGGAUGAGUCUGGGUCCUCCUCUUCUCUCAUGCUGGAUGAGUCUGGAUCCUCUUCUGUCAAGGUGGAUGAGUCUGGAUCCUCCUCUUCUGUCAAUGUGGAUGAGUCUGGAUCCUCCUCUUCUGUCAAUGUGGAUGAGUCUGGAUCCUCCUCUUCUGUCAAGGUGGAUGAAUCUGGAUCCUCCUCUUCUGUCACGGUGGAUGAGUCUGGAUCUUCCUCUUCUGUCACGGUGGAUGAGUCUGGAUCUUUCUGGUUUCCCAAUCAACAGUCUGGAUCUUUCUGGUUUCCCUAUCAACAGUCUGGAUCUUUCCGGUUUCCCAAUCAACAGUCUGGAUCUUUCCGGUUUCCCAAUCAACAGUCUGGAUCUUUCCGGUUUCCCAAUCAACAGUCUGGAUCUUUCCGGUUUCCCAAUCAACAGUCUGGAUCUUUCCGGUUUCCCAAUCAACAGUCUGGAUCUUUCCGGUUUCCAAAUUAACAGUCUGGAUCUUUCCGGUUUCCCAAUCAACAGUCUGGAUCUUUCCGGUUUCCCAAUCAACAGUCUGGAUCUUUCCGGUUUCCCAUCUAAUAGAACACAGAGAGUUACCUAUCUAAUAGAACACAGAGUUACCUAUCUAAUAGAACACAGCAGGUUUAUUGAGUUACCUAUCUAAUAGAAC